AUGGGGGUUUCCUGCGCGACUCCGGUCCCGGUUCUGCAGGUCCUGCAGCUGCUCCCAGAGGUGCUGCUGACCCCCCACCCACAGGUCCCCCCACCCGUAGGUGCCCCCACCCAUCAGCCCCCAGGGAUGGAUCUCCUCCCGCCGCUGCUGCUGCUGCUUCUCUCCGCUCUGCAGGCUGCGCGCGCAGGCUUCUCUCGCCGAGGCCCGCGCGUCACCGACAAGGUUUUCUUCGACGUCACCGUCGGGGGUCACGAGGUCGGACGGAUCGUCAUCGGCCUGUUCGGGGACGUCGUCCCGCUCACCGUCGGCAACUUCGUCACCCUGGCAACCGGAGAGAAAGGCUACGGCUACAGAGGAACCAAGUUCCACCGGGUGAUCAAGGACUUCAUGAUCCAGGGAGGAGACUUCACCGCCGGAGACGGGACCGGAGGUCACAGCAUCUACGGGACGACUUUUACUGACGAGAACUUCAAACUGAAGCAUCUCGGAGCUAGCUGGGUUAGCAUGGCUAACGCCGGCCCCGACACCAACGGGUCCCAGUUCUUCAUCCUGGCGGCCAAGGCUCCCUGGCUGGACGGGAAACACGUGGUGUUUGGGAAAGUACUGGAUGGGAUGUCGGUGGUUCACACCAUCGAGCUCCAGGACACCAACGACCGGAACCUUCCGUACACCGAGUGCGUGAUCGUCAACAGCGGCCGGAUCGCCGUCAAGGAGCCGUUCGUGGUGGAGGUGGACGGCUGGUAGAACCGGCCAGAACCGGCCGGAACCGGAGUCAGAACGUCCCCCAAACCAGCGACCAAUCAGGAGCCCCGUCAAUGUGCCAAAUUAAAAUCUAAAUCGGUCCGGUCCAGCUAAGCUCGAAAUUGUAUUUCAACAUUAAUCUUGACAUUUCAACUUUUUUCUCGAUAUUUCGACUUUUUUCUCGAAGUGCAAAAUGAAAACGGGUGCACGAACUGGACCGGACUUCUGAUUGGUCGCUGCCGGACGCAGAUUUAACGUAAAAUCCUGAUGUUUUUAGUGAGUUAUUGCCAGAAAUACGUUGAUAGGAGAAUGAGCUGCACCGGCGCCACAACGUUUAUUCGUAAAGAAACUCGACUCGUCUACGACGGAAGCUUUAGGCUUCCAAGAUGGCCGCCGACACGCAGUCAGAUACUUAAAAAAAAUAAGAUAAAACCAGCAAAACAUUUGCACAGAAACCUGCAGCAUUGAAACUACAGAAGAGUUUUAGGGCCAUGAAGGAGAAAAAUAUUUGAACAUUUUUUUAUUGUGCACUUUGAGAAAAAAGUCACAAUUUCAAGAAUAAAGUCGAAAUUUCGUGAAUAAAGUCGACAUUUCGACUUUUUUCUCAACAUUUUUACUUUUUUCUGGAAGUGCAUAAUGGAAAAAAAACUGUUCCUCCACUAAACAUAAUCGUAUUUUUCUCCUUUUGACCCUAAUACUCUUCCGCAGAAACACAACGUACUAAUACUGUUAUAAUAAACCUGUUUUCUAAUCACAUGAUGAUCGUCUGAGCAGAUUAGCACUCGGUGCCAAAUCCUUCCUCGUUUGCCAAAUUAUUGUUACGCAAAAAUCUUAACUCUUAUGCAAAAAACUGUGUAGCACACGAAGCUGUUCUUUAUAUCUGAUGUUUUAUUAUCGUUUACAACUUUAACUGCAUGAUGCAUCAUAUCGUAUAUUUGUAAAAAAUACAGCACAACGAUGAAAGAAGUGGAAGUAUAUUUUACUGAAAUGAUGUUAAAUGUGUUUGUUAGUUAACUUUAUUGAUCAUCCGUCUGUUUACGGUUUAUUAAACUGUCACUAUUUCUUUUGUAAUGACCCGAACGUUCACGGUAGCUUUGUGUCAGUAACAUCCUGGUCUUCCUGGUACUGGAGAUGAUGCACAUCUGUAACAAAUCACACGUUGUUCCUCUCCUCAACACGUCUGUAACAUAUCACACGUUGUUCCUCUCCUCAACACAUCUAACAUAUCACACGUUGUUCCUCUCCUCAACACGUCUGUAACAUAUCACACGUUGUUCCUCUCCUCAACACGUCUGUAACAUAUCACACGUUGUUCCUCUCCUCAACACGUCUGUAACAUAUCACACGUUGUUCCUCUCAACACGUCUGUAACAUAUCACACGUUGUUCCUCUCAACACGUCUGUAACAUAUCACACGUUGUUCCUCUCAACACGUCUGUAACAUAUCACACGUUGUUCCUCUCAACACGUCUGUAACAUAUCACACGUUGUUCCUCUCCUCAACACGUCUGUAACAAAUCACACGUUGUUCCUCUCAACACGUCUGUAACAUAUCACACGUUGUUCCUCUCCCCAACACGUCCGUAACAUAUCACACGUUGUUCCUCUCCUCAACACGUCUGUAACAAAUCACACGUUGGUCCUCUCCUCAACACAUCUGUAACAUAUCACACGUUGUUCCUCUCCUCAACACGUCUGUAACAUAUCACACGUUGGUCUUCUCCUCAACACGUCUGUAACAUAUCACACGUUGGUCUUCUCCUCAACACGUCUGUAACAUAUCACACGUUGUUCCUCUCCUCAACACGUCUGUAACAUAUCACACGUUGUUCCUCUCCUCAACACGUCUGUAACAUAUCACACGUUGUUCCUCUCCUCAACACAUCUGUAACAUAUCACACGUUGUUCCUCUCAACACGUCUGUAACAUAUCACACGUUGUUCCUCUCAACACGUCUGUAACAUAUCACACGUUGGUCCUCUCCUCAACACGUCUGUAACAAAUCACACGUUGUUCCUCUCCUCAACACAUCUGUAACAUAUCACACGUUGUUCCUCUCCUCAACACGUCUGUAACAUAUCACACGUUGUUCCUCUCCUCAACACGUCUGUAACAUAUCACACGUUGUUCCUCUCCUCAACACGUCUGUAACAUAUCACACGUUGUUCCUCUCCUCAACACAUCUGUAACAUAUCACACGUUGUUCCUCUCCUCAACACGUCUGUAACAUAUCACACGUUGUUCCUCUCCUCAACACAUCUGUAACAUAUCACACGUUGUUCCUCUCCUCAACACCAAACGGCCAAAGAGCCGACGACUGUGUUUUAUACAAUAAAUCAGUGAAU